UCUGGUAUAUCCGGUGCUUAUUAUACAGCGAUUUUUGCAAAACUUGGUAAUAAGACUAGAAGAUCUAGAUCUACAGGUCUGUAAAAGAUUGAUAAUGUCUUCUUUGGAGGAUAAAUCUAUUUGGGAUGACGGCGAGGAAUCAGUUGGAGAAGAAGUUCUUCGCAUGCCAACAGAUGAAAUUGUUGGAAGAACUCGUUUACUUGAUAAUGAGAUAAAGAUAAUGAGAUCAGAAAUUAUGCGUAUUCAACAUGAGCUGCAGGCACAAAAAGAAAAAAUUAAAGAAAACACAGAGAAAAUUAAAGUUAACAAGACUUUGCCAUAUUUAGUUUCCAAUGUCAUUGAGUUAUUAGAUGUAGAUCCACAAGAUCAAGGUGAAGAAGAUGGAGCAAAUAUUGAUCUUGAUUCUCAGAGGAAAGGAAAGUGUGCUGUUAUUAAAACAUCAACCCGACAGACAUAUUUCCUGCCAGUAAUAGGACUAGUAGAUGCUGAAAAACUCAAACCAGGUGAUCUUGUGGGUGUGAACAAAGACUCUUAUCUCAUUUUAGAAACCCUACCUGCUGAGUAUGAUUCACGUGUGAAAGCUAUGGAAGUGGACGAGAGGCCAACAGAACAGUAUGCUGACAUUGGAGGUCUUGAUAAACAAAUUCAAGAGCUAAUUGAAGCUGUAGUUUUGCCUAUGACACAUAAAGAAAGAUUUGAGGCACUUGGUAUUCAGCCUCCAAAAGGUGUACUUUUAUAUGGUGCACCCGGGACAGGAAAGACCCUUUUAGCUCGAGCUUGUGCUGCUCAGACCAAGUCAACAUUCUUGAAAUUAGCAGGGCCACAGCUGGUACAGAUGUUUAUUGGGGAUGGUGCUAAGCUUGUCAGGGAUGCUUUUGCCUUAGCUAAAGAAAAACAACCAGCCAUCAUUUUUAUUGAUGAACUUGAUGCAAUAGGCACAAAGAGAUUUGACAGUGAAAAAGCAGGUGAUCGUGAAGUUCAGCGUACUAUGUUAGAGCUUCUUAAUCAAAUGGAUGGGUUUCAGCCCAACUCAAUGAUCAAGGUUAUUGCAGCUACUAAUAGAGUGGAUAUUUUAGAUCCUGCCCUUCUCAGAUCUGGUCGUCUUGACAGGAAAAUUGAGUUUCCCCAACCAAAUGAAGAAGCUAGAGCCCGUAUUUUACAGAUUCAUUCCAGAAAAAUGAAUGUGAAUAAAGACGUUAACUAUGAAGAAUUAGCCAGAUGUACAGAUGAUUUCAAUGGAGCUCAGUUAAAAGCAGUUUGUGUUGAAGCUGGUAUGAUAGCCAUGAGAAGAGAAGCAGUUGAACUUACUCAUGAAGAUUACAUGGAUGCUAUAAUUGAAGUUCAGGCUAAGAAGAAAGCAAAUCUUCAAUAUUAUGCUUAGUAUUGUUUUUUUUUAUAUUUU